AUGGUCUUUCCAACCCCGGCUGGAUUCCACGCCCUGCCGCUGCCUCUCGCACAGCUGUCACUCGCUGCGGUCUUGAAAUGCGAGUCCUCAAGCCACCUCGGGGGCCCAUCCCACGAGUACCGACUUUGUCUCCGCGAUCGAGUGGUCUGUCUCCGUCAGUCUCCUGAUGCUCUCUUCUAUCGCUCUGUAUUCCCUCGUUCAACGCCAGGAGACAAUGAGUGCAGGGAUGCGGAGACUCUGGCAUGGAUACGCGACUACUUCCAGCUCGACGUCGACCUGGUAGAGCUCUACCAACAAUGGGGUUCUUUGGAUCCAGUAUUUCUUCGUCUGAAGGACCGAUUCGAGGGCAUCAGGAUGCUGAGGCAAGACCCAUUCGAGAAUCUCAUAUCAUUCAUCUGCUCUUCAAACAACAACAUUGCGCGGAUCACGAAGAUGGUCAAGUCCUUGUGCCUCGCGUAUUCUCCCCCGCUUCUCUCUCUACCACCCCCAGACGACUCAGGCGGAGCUGAAGAGGCUUUCUAUCCUUUCCCUCCGCCCUCCGCCCUUGCCGCGCCCGAAGUGUCUUCGAAGCUACGAGCUCUCGGGUUUGGCUAUCGCGCCGACUUCCUACAGAAGACUGCCGCCAUGCUUGUGGAAAGCCAUGGUGUUUCGUUUGAUGCCACAACACAAAUGGAACCGUCGGAAGUAUGGCUUAGGACCCUCAGACAGUUCAGCACAGCGGACGCGCGAAUAGAGCUGCUUAAAUUCAUGGGAGUAGGGCGCAAGGUUGCGGACUGCGUCCUCUUGAUGAGUUUAGACAAGCGCGAAGUUAUACCUGUUGAUACCCAUGUCUACCAAAUUGCCGUCAAGCAUUACGGUCUCCGAGUCUAUGACGAAGUAUGUGGGAAACUUGCGGCGGUGUGGGGCAGUCACGCUGGUUGGGCUCAUUCUGUCCUGUUCACGGCGGAUCUGAAGUCCUUUGCUUCAUACGGAAUCUCAACUUCAUCUACCCCGCCUACUCCUAGUCUUACUCCGGAUAGAAUUUCUGACGAGUCCGAUACUAGCCCGGGCCUCCUGACCCCCCAUUCGGCCUUGUCAAACAAGAGGAAGCGUGGUCCUUCCAAGAAAGCUAGCGCUAUCAAAAUCACAGAAGAGGUCCUCGUCCAGUUGGACGUUUCUCGAGUCACCUCAUCGGUCGAAGACGAAACAAGUCUGAUUGAUAGGGUGAAACGAAGGAAGAGGACCAACGUGUCUAGCGUACGUAGUUCGGGAACAACAUAA